AUGCCGCCACCACCGGCAAAUGCCCUUCCGCCAGGAACACCACUCACCGUGGGAUCACACCAGAUCCAGAUCCGGAAAUACAUCUCCGAGGGCGGGUUUGCACACGUGUACUCGUGCACGAUCGAGCCGGCCUUCAACGGCAACUCCACGGCGUGUUUAAAGCGCGUGGUGGUGCCCAACAAGUGGCAGCUCACGCUCCUUCGGCAAGAGGUGGAUGCCAUGAAGCGGCUCCGCGGAAACGCCCACAUUGUCUCGUAUAUCGAUUCUCAUGCGCUGCGGUUACCGCCGGCAUCUGCGGACGCCCCACAGCAAUACGAAGUGCUCCUAUUGAUGGAGUUCUGUGCUGGCAAAGGGCUCAUUGAUUUCAUGAACACGCGGCUCACCAACCGGCUCACGGAGCGCGAGAUCCUCCUGAUCAUCGGCCAAAUCACCACCGCGGUGGCCAUGUGCCACCAUCUCGUGCCGCCAUUGAUCCAUCGAGACAUCAAGAUUGAAAACGUGUUGAUAGACGGCAACGGCACGUACAAGCUCUGCGACUUUGGGUCUGCGGUGGAAUACAGCAAGCCCCCAGCCACACAGGCGGAGCUCACGGCGUUGCAAAAUGACAUCAUGCUGAACACUACGCCGCAGUACAGGGCACCCGAAAUGAUCGACUUUUCCCGUGGCUUCCCCGUAGACGACAAGCUGGACAUCUGGGCGCUCGGCGUGCUUUUGUAUAAGUUGUGCUACUACACCACACCGUUCGAGCUGCCGCAACAGAAGUCGCUUCAAGACUUGCACGCACUGAUCUUGAACUGCACCGCUACAUUAAGAUUCCCGAGCUCCCCACCUUUUUCAGCUCGGCUCCAGAACGUUAUUCAUUGCUGCUUGAGAGCGGACCCACGCCGCAGGCCUAACGCGUUGCAACUACUCCAAGAGAUCUGCAUGAUGCAAAACGUGCACACGAUCCCAGAUGUGGUGCCUUACUCUCCUCCAAGAAACCAGCCGGAUCUACCAAAGAGACACAUACCUCCGAAAGCGCAGCCAGAGGUUCCAAGGAGACACACCGAAAUUGCCCGCAAAUUACCACCUGCAAAGCCACCAGUUGACCUGUUUGCACAGAUUAACAAGUCCAAGCUCCUCAACAUGGGAAGAUCCACACCCAUCAAGCCUCGCCCGAAAUCCGAGAUUCACCCUUCGACUUCGGCCGCUUCGCUUCUGGAAUACGUGAAGUUGCAGGUGAGCGAAUCCAAUGUAUCCAUCCCGCAAGCGAGAGUAUCGGAGGACACCGAUCGUAGCACGUUGCAGUUCUUGCGCUCCAAAGAGACCGAAGACUCCAACUCGCGCCAAAACACCGGUGGGUCAUUCAAGGCGUCGCUCAAAAACAGCUUGCGCAGAAUCAGUACCGGGGGCUCCCUCUCUUCUCAAAGAAGCGGAUCGUUUUCGACUCCCCGACAAAGCAGUAGCUCAGAGAAGUCCAGCAGCGAGGAGCACCUCAAGCCCGUGGGCGAAAAGCCCUUGAAGCGCGGAAGCUCCAUCCAAAGACGUGUCCAGCAGCUCUGGACCAGCAAGGAAAAGAAGGCUGCGAAGACGGCCUCCGGGUACGGAAGAUAUACUGAACAAGACGAUAUCUCGGCAAUCAACCACAACACGCUCUCUACACACACCAGCGUGGAGUCCCUCGUGUCGCCCAAAACAGAGGCGCCUGCGUCGUUUGAAUUCAAUCAGAAGUCAGGAAACAAGAUGGAGCCACAGGUCCCUGCGACUAGACCCUUGAUUCUGGCAGGUAAGAAGCAGGCGCAUAUGAAGGACACCAGUGUGUCUACGAGACCGUUGCCGAAAGUGCGGCCAUCAUCCGAGCAAAGCGCUCCCCCGCCCUGCCCGCCUGCGUUGAGUGUGAGGAGCUCGGGUACAUCCUUAGAGACAGCCAAGACGACUCCCGGAGACCAAGACGCGGUGAGGCCCAGGGCGACUGCGGGAAAGAAGAAGGCACCGCCCAAGCCCGCCAAGCCGCAACACUUGAAGAACGCUAGCGAGAGGAAGCUCAGCACUUCAAGCGAGGUGUCCUUGCCGGACUUGGACGACCUCGAAAAACAAUUUGCCCGGCGAUUCCCGAGCUACGUGUGA